CCUCACCCCGGGCGACCCCGGAAGUGGGUCGGGGGCUUGGCCUCUGCCCGGCCUCAGAGCCGGAGCGGUAGGUGUUACCGUAGAGGGGGUCGAGCCGAGAAAUCUUGUCCGGCGGCGGACCCCGGGCAGGGCCCGGGCCAGGGGUCCAGGAUGCUGAACGUCCCUUCCCAGUCUUUCCCGGCCCCCAGCUCACAGCAGCGCGUCGCCUCCGGGGGGCGUAGCAAGGUCCCUCUAAAACAGGGCAGAAGUCUUAUGGAUUGGAUUCGACUCACUAAAAGUGGAAAGGAUCUAACGGGAUUAAAAGGCAGGUUAAUUGAAGUAACUGAAGAAGAACUUAAAAAGCACAACACAAAAGAUGAUUGUUGGAUAUGCAUAAGAGGGUUUGUUUAUAAUGUCACUCCUUAUAUGGAGUAUCAUCCUGGUGGAGAAGAUGAACUAAUGAGAGCUGCAGGAUCCGAUGGUACUGACCUUUUUGAUCAGGUUCAUCGUUGGGUCAAUUAUGAAUCCAUGCUGAAAGAAUGCCUGGUUGGCAGAAUGGCAGUUAAACCUGCUCUUCCUAAAGACUAUCAUGAAGAAAAGAAAGUCUUAAAUGGCAUGCUUCCCAAGAGCCAAGUGGCAGAUACACUUGCCAAAGAAGGUUGUAGUUCUCCAAGCUAUGACUGGUUCCAGACAGACUCUUCAGUGACUAUUGUAAUAUAUACUAAGCAGAAGGAUAUUAAUCUAGACUCAGUAAUAGUUGAUCAUCAGGAUGAUUCCUUUAGAGCAGAAAUACUUAUCAAGGAUUAUUCAUAUAUUAUACACGUUGAACUAAGCCAUGAAAUUGAAGAAGAUUUUUCUGUGCGGGUUGUUGAGAAUGUGGGAAAAAUAGAAAUUGUCCUAAAGAAAAAAGAGAAUGCUUCUUGGAAACGUCUUGGUCACCCCCUCGAGAAUCAUAAUUCGCUUAUUCUAAAGAAAGAUACAGGUUUAUACUACAGAAAGUGCCGGUUAAUUUCCAAGGAAGGCGUUACUCAUGAUACGAAGCUUUUCUGCCUGAUGCUGCCACCAAGCACUCAUCUUCAGGUGCCAGUUGGGCAACAUGUUUACCUCAAGUUAACUAUUACAGGUACUGAAAUUGUGAAGCCAUAUACACCUGUAUCUGAUUCCUUACUCUCAGAGUUCAAGGAACCAGUUCUUCUCAACAAUAAAUACAUCUACUUUUUGAUCAAAAUCUAUCCUGCUGGACUCUUCACACCAGAGCUUGAUCAGCUUCAGAUUGGAGAUUUUGUUUCCGUAAGCAAUCCUGAGGGCAGUUUUAAAAUAUUCCAGUUCCAAGAAUUAGAAGAUCUCUUUUUAUUGGCAGCUGGAACAGGCUUCACACCAAUGGUUAAAAUACUGAAUUAUGCUUUGACUAACAUACCCAGUCUCAGGAAAGUGAAGCUGAUGUUCUUCAAUAAAACAGAGGAUGAUAUAAUUUGGAGAAGCCAGUUGGAGAAAUUAGCAUUUAAAGAUAAAAGAUUUGAUGUUGAAUUUGUUCUCUCAGCACCCACUUCUGAAUGGAAUGGCAAAUGGGGACACAUUUCACCAGCUCUUCUUUCUGAAUUUUUGAAAAGAAGUUCAGACAAAUCCAAAGUCCUCAUCUGUGGACCAACCCCAUUUACAGAACAAGGAAUACGAAUUCCUCAGCUGAUAAAUGAAGAAAGAGUUACAGGAGUAUCACCAACUUCAGUCCCUCAUGAACUAAUGGGUGUAUACGUAGAUCCCCAAUGGUUGUUAGCAUCCAAAAAGAGAGGCAACCAGGUUGCUGCAUGAUAGGAACUUUUCCAAAGAGGAGAUCCAUAGUUUUACAGCAUAAUGAAGAGCUGUCAUUGUCCUUUAUUCAACUGUUUUGUCUAAAUUUGUGAUUACUUAGUAUUUUUUAAGAGAACAUUUUUGUACAUACUAACUAAAAGGUUAACUAGAAUCCAGGUUUCAGUUUCUUCAAUGAAAUCAAAUGUUCCUUCAGUAGAGGCAACUUGUUGACUUUAUUUUGUACCAUAACUUAUUUUGCUAUUGAUAUUUGACCUGGAAUCGACCAUGGCAACAAGUACAUACAGGUGUCUUUUGUGAUGAGUCACAGACUUCCUUACCAUUUAAAGUGUAUCACUGUACUACAGUAAACUCUGGUGUUUUAUGACAUGAUAAAGUAAAUGAUCAUUUUGAUCACAUUUCUAUGCUGUAAAAUGUCUUAUUAGCAAUACAGAUUAAAUUUUACAUUGCACUGUUAACUCAGGAAAUGAUCAUUUAUGUCCUUGUUAUUAACUAUUAAAACAUGGAAUGUUUUAACUUA